AUGAAAAGAUCUAACUUGCCCAUAAAAGCUUUACUCGUACUUGACAAUGCUCCAGGCCACCCAAACGAACAAGAACUUAAAUCAAGUGAUGGGAAUAUCCAAACCAUCUUCUUACCAUCAAACUGCACACCUUUACUGCAGCCGAUGGAUCAAAACGUUAUCCAAAAAAUAAAGUCUUUGUAUAAAAAUAAAUUGCUGAUCCAUAUUAUAUCUCAGGAUGGUGAUAUAACGCAGAGCCUUAAAGGAAUGAAUUUGAAGGAUGUUGUAUUCUCUCUCGCUCAUGCUUGGAAGUCUGUUUCAUCUAACUUAAUCCAAUCUUCAUGGAAAAAGUUAUGGCCCACAAUGAAUGAUGUAUCAGAAACAGAAGAAACAGAUGAAUGGGAUCCUGAAGAUAAUAUGCCUAUUGUCGAUUGGUUAAAAAAUCUAUCAGAAAAAGGAUUGGAGACAAGUGAGGAAAAUUUAAAUUCUUGGUUUGAAGGAAUCGAAGAAACAGAGCAAAUUAUGACAGAUGAAGAAAUAAUAUCUGAAGCAGUACAAGAAGAAAGCUUUGUAGAAAUAUUAGAGCCACCAACUACUACAACUGCUAUAAGAGUUAAACCAGAUAAUGCAUUGAUGUGUUUCAAUACGUGCAUAACAUGGGCAGAAGAAAACGGCAUGUCUGCCAAAGAUAUUAUAAUUCUUCGCAACAUGCGAGAAAAGGUUUUUAAGCAAGGACUACAAGUUGCACAAAAGCAGACCUCAAUUAAGGAUUAUUUUAAAACUACAUAG